UUGUAGAUCAAGAACUACUAAACAUAUAAAAAUUAUUCUAAUUCAAGUCAUAUAACCCAAACCUCUAUUCUUCUUAACAAAUUGAUUAUCGACAAGUAUUCCCUAGUUACACAAGUUAAGCCUUUGUCAUUAUAUGAUAAGUUGAUUAAAUAGAGGUAUUACUCUGGUUGUGUGCAGUCCCCUACAAAAUUGAAAAGUUAUAUAUUUCAAAUUGAAUCGAAGCUUGUAAAGGUGAAGAUCAAGAAAAUAGAUUAAAGAAAAUUAAAUAGGAGGCUGAAGAAUAAUGACAGAACAGGAGAAGGAGCUGGAAAAUGGGAGGACUGAAGAAGUUCCUAAGAAACAAUACAUAUCUAAUGAUGAUUUAUAUAGGCGAUCGAGUCAAUUUGAACUAUGGUCUUUCACACAAGAAUCAUUAGAAGCCAAGAAGAAACAAGCAAAUGAAAUAGGAAGAAGAAUUGCUAAACAACGAUUUGACGAGGCAUAUAAUAAGCUUAAACAAGAAAAUCCUACAAUUUUUGAAAUUCAUAAACAAGAAUUAGAUGCUAAUAAUUUAAUAACUUUAUUAAGUCAUGAAGAAGAAACUAAAUUUAUUCAUGCUUAUUGUCAAAAUAUCGUUCAAACAGCUGAUUAUUUUAGAAUGCCAACUCAAGUUAAACUAACGGCCAUAUCAUUAUUUAAGAAAUUUUAUCUUGAGAAUUCUAUAAUGGAAUAUCAUCCAAAAAAUAUUAUGUAUACUAGUGUAUUCUUAGCUGCUAAACUGGAAAAUUAUUUUAUUACUAUUGAAUCAUUUAUUCUGAGAUUAAAAGAUGUUAAACAAGAAGAUAUUCUUGAUUUAGAAUUUAAAAUUCUUGAAAGUUUGAAAUUUACUUUACUUGUUCACCAUGCUUUCCGUCCAUUAUAUGGAUUUUUCCUUGAUUUUCAAGCUAUUUUAUUACAUCCUAGUCCUGUUAUGUAUGAUGUAUCAAUUGAUACAUUAGGUUCAUUAUAUGAUAGAGCUAAAAAAUGGUUAAAUGAAUAUGCCAUACUAAGUGAUGUGGCAUUCUUAUUUACUCCUCCACAAAUUGCUCUUGCUGCAAUGUAUGCUAUUGAUAGAAGAAUUACAGAAAGAUACCUUAAAGAAAAAUUCUUAGAUGAUCAUACUGUUAAUUUAGAAUCAAUACCUGAACAUAAUGAUGAUGUCAAAGAAGAAGAUAAAGACAAUGAAGCUUUGAAGGCAUCAAAUGAAUCCAGCAAUCAACGAGAAUACUGUAUAACACUUAUAAGAACAAUAAGAAAAUGUAUCAAAUUAUCGAAACUUGAUAAUCCAACUCCAGAAGAGAGCAAAGAAAUAGGGAAGAGAUGUAAGGCUGCAUUAAACCCUGAUAAAGUUAUAGAAAGAAGAGUCAAGAAAUUAGCUGCGCCUACCACUACUACCACUAAUACCACUACAACAACAACUUAGUAAUAUCAAGAUAUGAUAUGUAUGGCUGUGUAGCAUGUAGUUAUGUAUAUAUUUUAGUAUGUACUUGCUAUCAAUUAAUUGUGACGCACUAU